AUGGCUGAAAUUGGGAGUUGGGGUUGGAUUGUAUCGUUGAGGGUGGGCAUUUUUGGCCCUCAAUGUGGCGGUUCAAUCAUCGACUCACGGCAUAUAUUGACAGCUGCUCACUGCUUAGCUCCAUGGGGAACUAGUUUCAUGUUGACAUAUGCAACCGUAUCCGUGGGUAAACAUAAUAUAACAGAUGCAGGUCAAAUUAGAAAUAUUUCUGAGAUCUUUAUGCAUCCACUCUAUGAAGCGAGCACAUUUCGAAACGACAUUGGCAUUUUGCGCCUGUCCUCUCCAUUAGAUAUGACUGAUUUAUUUGUAUCAAAAGUUUGUUUACCUGAUUUUGAUCGAAAUCUACUGACAACCGAACAAUAUCCAGCACCAGGAACAAAACUAGCUGUUAUUGGCUGGGGUGUCAGUAAUCAAACCCUCAACAACAUUACAAACAUCACUACAAAUAUCAGAGCACAUGAGCUACAACAAGUAAGCGUGUUUGCACUUGAUCAAGACGAUCCAAUAUGUAAUGCAUCGAUUAGAGAUUCAGAGAUACAGUUUUGCGCUAAUGUGAAUGGUGGUGGUCAAGAUGCUUGUCAAGGAGAUAGCGGAGGUCCUAUCAUGGUGUAUGAUACUAAACGUGAACGUUGGGAACAAGUUGGCAUCGUUAGUUAUGGAACAGGAUGUGCUUUACCGAAUUUUCCUGGAAUAUACAC